UGAAACCACACUUGUUUGGAUCUUCUGUGAUGUUGUUGCGCUCCUGACUGGGAUUUACAGGGCGCAGUGACCUGCUCGGAUACAGAUUGAGCGGACUUACCUGGAUUCUCUAAACAAAUGAUGAAUUCUUGACGAGUGAGUCACAGCCAUGAACACGAACUCAACAAAGGGUUACAAGGGUAGAUUGCGCCGCGAACGGAUCAAUGAAUGUCUGGCUUGCUGUAAGAAAUUCGUCGCCUUCUUCUUCUCCCAAGUCGGCCUCUGCUGCCUGGUCGUGGCGUACUCAAUCAUGGGCGGAUUCCUCUUCAAGACGCUCGAAGCCGAAAACGAAAUGUCUCAGAAAAGCACAAUGUUAAAAACAAGACAGCGCCACGUGGAAAGGUUAUGGAAUUUGACGAUAGAGUUGAAUAUUUUGUACAGGCCCAAUUGGACGCUAGGGGCUAGUGCGAUACUUCACGAAUUCCAGCACGAGGUGUAUAAAGCUACUAAAGAGAAGGGAUGGGACGGAAAGGAUGCCAGUCAGGAAAUCCAAUGGUCUUUCGCCGGAGCUUUGCUCUACUCAGUUACAGUUAUAACCACUAUAGGAUAUGGCCAUAUUGCUCCAAAGACAGCCUGGGGACGCUUUAUGACCAUUGUUUACGCGAUAUUCGGCAUUCCUCUGACACUGCUCUGCCUAGCUAACGUCGGAGGACUCAUGGCUAAUAUAUUCAGAUUUAUAUAUAGCCGAGUAUGUUGCGGAUUUUGCUGCAUAUGUUGCAAAAAGAAAAAGAAACAUCCCAGACGUAUGAGUUCGAUGAAUUCAGUGUUUGGUGCAGGGAAUAAAAACGGUAGGACAAGUUCGCGGCGGAAAAUCACUGCCCCAGUGCUUAGCGGAACAACGUCGAAGGGCUCUAUUCGAUCAACAUCUCACAAUUCUAUGAACCCGCCACCAAGCCCGUCAAAUCGAGACAGCGAAGUGUAUAGGCCGCCAGGCCGCGACAGCGAAGUGUAUAGGCCGCCAGGCCAACACAGCGAAGUGUAUAGGCCGCCAGGCCGAGACAGCGAAGUGUAUAGGCCGCCAGGCCAACACAGCGAAGUGUAUAGCCCGCCUGGCCAACACAGCGAAGUGUUUGGCCCGCCAAACCGACACAGUGAAGUGUAUGGCUCGUUAAAUCGAAACAGCGAAGUGUAUAGCCCGCCAAACCAACGCAGCGAAGUGUUGGUGAACGCGGGAGAUUUAAAAAUAGCGACGCAAGAUGAUAGGUUGUUAGAACCCGCCGCAACCACACCGCUCAAUGCCCCUGCUCACAUGAUACUGCAUGAAACAGACUUAGAAUGCGAAACAGACAUGACAGACGACGAACUAGGCGAGAUGAAAAAAUCUAACAAACGAAACCAGAAACCGGAGAGAGUGACUGUGCCGAUUACCCUGUGCAUCAUGCUCAUGGCCGGAUACAUCUUCGGCGGCGCCGUGCUCUUUACGCUUUGGGAACAUGACUGGGACUACCUAAUUGGUUCAUAUUUCUGCUUUGUGACGCUAAGCACAAUUGGGUUUGGAGAUUUCGUCCCCGGCGCCAGUAUGGAUUCAUGGUCGUCUCAGGAGAAACAGGUGCUAUGCACCAUGUAUUUAUUAUUUGGUUUGGCUUUUAUUGCGAUGUGUUUUGAGUUAAUGCAAGAGGAGGUCAGGGCCAAGUUUCGAUGGUUAGGUACAAAAAUUGGCAUAUUCAAACAAGAAAAAGAUUGACGGAUGAUAUUUGUUGUGUAUAGCUAAAUUUACCAAUUUUGCAUAUUUUGAGUUAAAAGUGACUCUGUCUCGGAAUUUCAUUUGACAACAUUUCAGGUUACGGCGCUCUAUACCAUGUUUGUGAAAUGGGGCAAUUCGACUUAAUCUUUUGUCCACGGGCAGGUGAAUCUAUCGGACACUAUUUUGGUUUUCCUUAUGUUGCCACGCCCCUCCAGACAAACGGAUCUGGUGGACUGGUUUCGUUCCAGUACAUUGCUUUGUAGCUUUUCACCAGUGAGUGUGAAAUGAAUUGCAAGAAUGAAACAAACGAAAAUCCAACGAACCUGCCCUCCACUGCAUUAUUGUCGAGUCGUUGUAGAUUUUUUUUGGUAGAUAUGUAUUUUCUGCUUAGUCAAGUGCUUUUAGUUGUUUAUCCUAGAGCUUUAAAACCUCAUAGUAAAGUCCACAAUGUCAACAUUUGAUAUUUAUUCUUUAGAAAACCAUUAUACAAGCAGCUUGCAGUGCUUUUGGCAAUGCUUUUUUUCUUUUCAGUCUUUUUUAUGUAACGCAUGUUUUGUUCGUCACAAUACUUAAUACAUGCAUGAUACCUUAAGCGUCCAUUACAUUUCAUUGGACGUUGGUUCGUCAUUGUUAUACAGGUGAGUCUGGCAUAAUCAUAUAACUUUUGGAAGUGACUACUUGGCAAGCCCGGCUUACCAAACAGCGACUUUUUCUUGUCCUGAAUGGAGAGCCGAACUCAUUAAUAUUAAAGUAAAGUCUCCAGCUCGCCAAAGAGGGUAGACUUUUUACCUGUUUGGCAAGUCCGGCUGGCCGAACAGGGUGGCUUUUUAGUGCUGUUUGGCAAGCGGCUCUCCAAAGAGGACAAAAAAAGAUGCCUGUUCGGCGAGCGGCUUGCCAAAUAGACCCGGCCAUAACUUUUACUUGCCAAAUACCCUUCACAUGUACACUAUGCACAUCGUUGAUGUACAUGUUCAUGUUAAAUCAGAUAACAUGAUACAACCAGCAGCUAUUCUGGCUUUGUUGAAGGUCACCUACAUGCAGUGGCAGUUCAAUAAACUCAUCUUUAUAGCAAUUUCCGUCAUCCCCAUCCGGCAGAUAGUUAAACUUAUUGACACUCCAGGGAACUUUCUCUUUCCUUUUUCCUUUUCAUCUUACCUCGUUUUCUAACUUUGCAUGCACUAGCUAGUCACUUUUGGUAGAUCUUCAUCUUGGGCCUUUGAGAGCACUCGGUCUCCCUCUGAUGCGCUUUUCAUCAUGUGUAUACAGAGUUCGGUUCGCUGACCAGUCCAAUUAUGUGUGAGUCGUAAAAACGAACGGAGAGUAAAUCAAUUUGACGCUGUAUAGUGUGUUGUGGUUUGAUUCUUGUUUGUGUGUGUGUGUGGUGUACAGUAGGUCAAAAUGAUAACGAGAGAGGAGUUUUUGCAAAAAAAGACCCCGAAACGCCAACGCGAACGCCUAUCCCAUUGUUCGAGCUCCUGAUCACGAUGUUGAACAAUGGGACAGGCGUUCGCGUUGACGUUUCGGAGGAUUUGCAAAAACUCACUGACACGGAACGUGCGUGAAAUUGCUUCACCAAAUUCCAAGGGUGGAGAAGUAAUAUUUCAUUGGGCAAAUGGUUCUGUGUUUGUUAUACACUGGAACUCUCACGAAAGAGGCUUCUAUCGCAUUCAGUGUCAGUUUACGUGUGCCGUAUACGAGUCAUGUCCAAUGUGACUUUAAAGUUGUUGUCACUUUACACUUUAUAGUUCUAGUUAACCACAUUCAGCUUUAAAGUCACCCCAUGUGUGCUUCUUGUGAGUGGGAUAUGGUACGUGUUGUGUCAAUAGAUGGCGUCUACGGCGCGUGUGGUGUCUGGUUUGACUACGCGUCUUGUGUGAGUGGUGUCAAUUCAAUCAGUUUGCGCAUGCGUGUCAAAUCGGAAUCUUUCAAUGAAUCUUUCAAUUUGAUCAUAUCUCAAAUUGGUAAAAUCGACUUCGACAUUCCUACCACACCAGACUUGUGUUACUGGCCCUGUCAUGUCGGUUUGAUCAAUUUUAAAUGUAUAGUAUGAAUUGUGUCAAAACUGGUUGGGUAUAGUAUCUCGUGACUGGUAUGAAUCAUGCGAAAUCUGUUUAACUGCGACACCCGAUCAAAUCGUCGAUCGUGUGCCGCCGGCAUAAGACAGCGAUGCGAACCCUUCUGUAUACACUUGAUUGGCUUUCGACCUCAUGUCUAUAGAUGCACCGGGGUAGGCCUUUUGUUUUCAGAGGCAUGAAUACAUAUUUGCGCCGAAGAGGUAAGUCUGCAACUUCAUUUGUGUGGACCAUUAUGAACCGAUUAAUGUCAGUGUGAUAUGUGAAGUCAUGCACGAUUUUCCAAAAGCCAUUGACAUUGAGGUAUCAGGUUGCAAUAUUAUCCAUCGGAAGCACUUAAUCCACCGUCUGCGAGAGAUAGCGUCUGAAAUCAACCAAUAAUCAAAUCCCGCCAUCUUGUGAAUUCUGCUUUUAGGAAAGUUCGAACGUGCAUCUGUUGCGACGCCUGCUUCAUACUUGCUCGUUCUGUGCAUUAACAAUGUGCAUGUACAUGUGGACGGAACGGACUAGUCAUCGCCAUACGUAAAUCCUUGCCAGUAACAUCUGUGUCUUCGUCGAUUUGUUUCAUCUGUGCAGCCCGGACCAUGGGCAUAUUUCUCUGCGUGUGGUUUGCAAUUAAAUCUAUAAUCUCAUCUCUUUGAAGGAUCGACUUCACCGAGCAUGGAUUUUACGGCGCAUGGAAUGAUGUGCACUCGCUUUUUGCACGACGUCUUUGUCAAUUAUUCUGGAAAGUUCUGUCACUUUGGGAUGCGGCUGAAAAAAUGUGAAUCGACAGAGACGGGUACUAAGAAUCCUCGAUGGACGGAUUGUAACCCGAUCAAGCUACUUGUAUGGCUAGCUAUGAUAGCUUGAGUUAAUCUCUUUUCGAAAACAUUUUAACAAAAUCAACAACUAUUUUAUCUGUUGUUUAUACUAACACCGUCACAGAGUUAUGCGCACUCUCACUCCACCAACAAAGUACGUACAUGUGUUCUCCAAGAACUUCUCUGGUGUACCCUGAAGAACCUGACAUGACUGGUGUGGGAGUCGAAUCCGGGGCGGAUGACGGAGAAGGGCGAAAUAGCUUGAUCUAGUUACCAUUCAUCCAUCGAGGAUCCUAGCCUUACCAUUAGCUGAGGAUCGUCAAGAUGAUUUCUCAACAUAGCAUGCUGAUAUGGAGGAAAGGCCAAAUUUAGCUGCAAUCUGUGGAUUGGCCCGUAGUGUUUUCGAAAUUUGAAAACUUAUAUCUUAAACGCCUUUUUGGUCAAAAGAUUAGGAAAUGCUCCCGUCCUCGUAUAUUUGUGACAAGGGAAAAUGUCUAAAUAAGAGAUUUUUGGUAAGAUUGUCGUCAUGCAUCCACUGUGCAAUCAAGGCGUAAUUAUUUCCUAGGGUCAUAAUACAUGUAUUAUCAUCCGUGCAUAUUGUAAAUAUUCGAUUGUUUCUAACUUGUGUUCUUGUUAGGUUCCUCCAGCUUCUUUCCAGGUUAAACUGUUUACUCUAUCGACUGAUUUUGGCAAGUUAUCGCAAGGCUGGUCACCAUACAUUGUCCGUCACUGCAUGAUAGGGAAGGACACUUUUUCAGGGGAGACAUUUAGGACCGCUACACUGACAAUCAGCCUUCGCUUUCACCCUGCGAUGAAGUGUUGCCUAUGAUGGUUAUGUGACAGGUUCACGAACAUUUGUUUUCGCGAUCUGUGGUAAAAUCGCGAAAAGAAUCCAUCCCUUCACGGCAAUUUAGUCGCCGUCAAAUCCUCAGCACGAAGGUGAGUAAACAGAGGGGGAAAUGUACGGAAAAGGACGAGGAGCAGGCUAUUUACUUUUACUUGGCUAGCGUUAGUCAUCUUCCACAAAUCUUAAUUCACUUUAGAUUCGAACUAAUUUUGCCUUAUCCGCAUUUCAAUUCUAACUAUUGUCUUUCAAAGCGUUGUGAUUUUAUCGAUUCAACUAAAAAACCAACUACCUGCAGUUCUACUUGCAGGUCGUUUUAACAUGCCAAAUGUUCCUGUUCCGGGGGGGGGGGGGGGUGCUGUUGAAGGGUAUGUUGUCAGGAUUACCGACACUGUGUCGCCCAUAAGGCAGAAGUUAUCUUCUUAAACGGAAUCUAAUGUAAGCACCACUGUCCGUCAUUGUGGAUGAGUUUGACCUCAUGGGAAAAUAUUCUAAACCCGUAAUUACUUGCCUAGGUUUAGUAUACAAAUGUACUAUUCUGACAAAUUCUUGUGUAAAUACGUGUAUAUGUAUCUGUGAGAGAUUCCACAAUGAGCAUAAUGUAAAUAAGAAUAAAUGAGUAACUGAUCAGAAUGUUUUACUAUA